GUGAAUGGUAUGUUUAUAAGACUAGCGGCUAGACUAGACGUGUUGAUCUUAACACCGGCGUUCACGGGUCGUCAGUCAGAUCAAUUUAUAUCUUGGUUGGUGAUCAUUGAGAAAAAUUAAGAAACUGUGUUGUGUCGCCAAUGUGAGAGGGGACUGCAUAAAUUUGACGCUGCAGAGAAAGUAAACAGAGAAUCUGUGAGACACAGGCAGGAAAUCUACCUUUAUGAGAAGAGAACUACAGAGGAGAAUCCAAGUGUGCUGGAGUGGGGAGCCAGGACGAUCUAAGAGGAUCUGACUGGGUGAAGUCAUGCUACAAUGUGUUCUGGUCCUCGGCUUGUAUUCACUAGUAUCUCAUGGUUUAGAAAUAGAGAAGCCUCCAGUGCCGAAGUUCACCAGCGUAAUAUGUACAGACACAUACGAGAUUACUGUAAGCUUCGACAGGGGAACCCCACGACCUGAUUGGAUAGACGACUACCAGAUCACACUGACUGUGGGUGAUGAAAGCUUCAUCCUGUGCACGAUGACCAUUAAUCGCACUGACCCACGGUGGCACGACAGUGUGUUGACCUGCACCCAGAAGAUGGAAAUCAACGUUGUCUCCACAAAAAAUGUCACGUUAUCUAUUCUAGUAGCCAGACCCUCACUGAACAUCACAGUACACAACGUUACAAUAUCAGAGAACUACUUUCUGAUUGAUCACAUCGUCCCUAGUACAGUGCAGGAGCUAAAUGCCACCAGCAUUGGAGCGACGUCUGCAACCAUCUCGUGGCGUUUGUCUCAGUAUUUAGCGGACCUGAUGUUUUACAUGGAAAAAUCUCCACUCCAGUACAGGAUAAUUGUCAAUAAAACAGACGGACUACCGGAACUAUGGAACGUGACCUUAAAGAAAAUAAACUUGAAAACCGACUCCAGGUAUGUGCAUGUCGAGUUGGUCAACCUGACGUCAUACACCGGCUACACUGUGACCGUGUACGGGAUCGCUGGUGGGGGAGAGGGCGAGAGACAAAAGAUUCGUUUCACCACUGGCAUGUCAGUUCCGACAACUCCACCAACAAUUGAGAACUUCAGUUAUUCAUGGAUUUACUCCCCUGAUAAUAAAGUUUUAGUUAUGUGGAAUCCUCUGUCCAGAGAUGCCAUUGGUGGCAGCAACUUCACUUACCAGCUGGAAGUGACCGUUGGUCAAGCAAAUCCUACAACACAGUUCGUCAAGAAACCUCACUUUGUUCACAAGCUUUCAUCUCUGUCUGAAACCAUCACGAUCAAGGUUUGGUCAGUCAAUAAAGUUGGGCGGUCGGUGAACUACUCUACACUGGUCAUACCUAAAGCAAAACAUUUUCAUCAGGAUGGAGCAACCGUAACAUUGGUUGACAGAGACCACGUGACAGUGAAUAUUAGUCUCGCAGACGUAGCCGAUAAACAAAUGGUUGCAGUACAUUGGUGUGAGACCGAGAAAGACCAAAUUUUUGGUAUAUAUAACGUGUGUAAGGAGAAGCUGAUGACACAUACAGAAAAGUUCAACAAUUCUCGAAUCACAAACAGGGGCGUGUACAGAGUCCCAGUGAAUGUACGCAUGUUCAGACAAGAACAACUCGGCAGCCUGAUGCACCGGCAAAUCACGUACUACGAAUCUACAAGUAGCACGUAUGAAGGUCUUUCUGGAAGUCUCACCAAUGCCACGAUAGACCAGGCUGGUUCUGUUGCGCACACUGAUGGUGCAGGUACGGAAGGUCAUCCGGAUGUAGAUAAACUGAAGUUUUUUCAUUCAGUGAUGGAGGGCGGACACUGGAUUGGAAUUGUCCCUGUGAGCGAGAACAGUGUUUUAAAUAACAUUAAAGAGACAAAGGAAAUACAAACAAACGUAAUCGUCGUAGUUGUUGCAUGCGUCUCUAUAGUAUGUAUAAUUGGACUCAUCAUUGUCAUGUAUUUCGGUGUCAAGCAAUGCAUCAAGCGAAGAAGAUAUUUCAAUACACACGUUGUACCUCCCGUUUUAGCAGAUCAAAUGGAACCGAUGAUACAGCAGACGACUCUGGGGUACAACGAUGAUAGAACUGGUUCUUCUAACGAAACUGAGUCCGGCCUGGGUGCCAGUGUAGCAGACACUGAGGCUCCCAGUCAAGGCUCGGCCACAGACACAAGUGCCAGAUCUUCUAGCAACCAUGUUGCUUCCACCAACGGUCAAGAAAAUUCCACCAACGGUCAGCAUAAUUCCACCAACAGUCAACAGAAUUCCACCAACAGUCAACAGAAUUCCACCAACGGUCAACAGAAUUCCACCAACGGUCAAGAAAAUUCCACCAACAGUCAACAGAAUUCCACCAACAGUCAACAGAAUUCCACCAACAGUCAACAGAAUUCCACCAACGGUCAACAGAAUUCCACCAACGGUCAAGAACAGAAUUCCACCAACGGUCAAGAAAAUUCCACCAACAGUCAACAGAAUUCCACCAACAGUCAACAGAAUUCCACCAACAGUCAACAGAAUUCCACCAACGGUCAACAGAAUUCCACCAACGGUCAAGAAAAUUCCACCAACAGUCAACAGAAUUCCACCAACAGUCAACAGGACUCAAGCAACGGUCAACAGUAUUCCACCAGCAGCGGAAGUAGAUCUGGGACUCGAACCUCAGGACACUACGACGCCUCCACCAGCUGGGAAGCCGGGCCCAGUACUGGGAGCCGUGUGGGAGACACCAGCUCCAGUAGUGACCUCGAGCAGAGGAAGCUGUUGGAAGAGCUGGGCUUAGAGAUGUGCUUCGACUCUAUUGAAGACGAAGGAUAA